AUGGCGGCUAUGCAGCCCCGCCAUCAGCAGCAGCGGGCUGAGCCGAUGAAUGCCUCCUCGUCGCACCCGAAAGUGAAAGUCGCUUUGGCUUUCAGCGAGCGACUUUAUGUCGCGGGUGGUGCGAUCACUGGCAAGAUGGAGCUCGAAUCUCGCGCAGACAAGGGACUCGGACUGGGCGUAAUAAUGGUCGAGCUCGUCGCCAUUGAGGAGCUCACAUCCCGCGAUCACUCGGCUACUUCCGUCUUCAUGCGAUCCAGACGUGUAUAUCAGGGGCCUGGUGUACCGCCCUCCAACGCUGUUCUACCGCAUCCCCUUGCCGGUGAACCACCUCUGCCUGCCGGAUACCUACCUGCGCGAAAAGGACGAUGCAAUUUCUUUUUCAAGCUUCCGGUCCCUGCAGAUGCCCCGGGGACUAUCGCCUUCGGCAACGGAUUGGCGCGUGUGAAAUACGAGGUCCGGGCGACAGUGGGCGUCGUGUGGAAGGGGGAAAGAAGGCUUGUUAGUGUGAAAGAGGAGGUUGAAUUGCUCGAGGGAUAUAAGGAAGAGGAUGCCUCAGAAGCGAAGGGCGUCAUUGUCGGCGAAGGAGGCAAGAUAUGGGUUCAAGCAGAGGUCGUCGGCGGACUGGUCGUUGCAGGAGAGAGCGCUUGCGUUCAGCUACAUGUGAAAAACCAGUCGGCGAAGAAGACAGCCGGCGUGACCCUCUCGCUUACACGGCAUCUGCACCUUCCUGCCGCUCCUGCUGGUCCCGCAGGUCCACCUCUCGAGCUCUCUGACACCUUGGCAACGGUCUCGUUCAAGGGUGCCGAAUAUGCCGCGCCUCCCGGACAGGAAGGUGUCGCCACGCUGGUAUUCGACGUACCGCCACGCGCGCGAACGGUUCACUCUUAUCCACGGCCUGGUGGGGAUCUUGAGCCCGGCACACGAGAUGCUCUUUUCGCCCUUCAGGCUACGCUGAAUAUACGAAUUGCCAUGCCUAUGGGCAGUAAGGACAUACAGCUUGACUUGCCCGUGAGCAUUUAUCACCCGGUUGUGCUACCAGAACCGGAACAGUACGACUACGACCCUGCGGCAUACCCUGCCUUACCCCUCUCUCCGGCACCACCUAUGUCGCCCAACCCCUAUGAACGCGCGUUAUCCCCCUACGAUCGUGCCAUGUCUCCUUACGACCGCGCCAUGUCUCCGUAUGCGCAACCUUAUCCUGGUCAACUUUGGUCGCCUCCGCCUAUGCAGAUGCAGAUGCCCGCCUAUACAGGCAUAUCCGUAAACCCACAUGCCCUUCUCUAUUCGCCUCCGCCGCCUGACGCAUACUACUACCCUCCGACUUCACCACAAAUGCAACCUCUUAUAUCACCACCGCGUCCCGCAAGCGCCGAACCGCCUCCUUCAGCACCGAUUCAUGGAAUAGGAGCCACUGGCCCCGUGAUCGCGGGCCUACCGCCCGCGCCGAGCGCUCAUCACCCAGUUCUGAUGCACUCGUUGAGCUCGGAGAGUCUGCAGGUCAUGCAAGAGCAGGCACAGGAGCAGGAGAGGCAUAGGGACGAGAAUAAGGGGCUGCGAGCCAGCAGGGUGUCGAAUCAUCUUCGGAUGUCUUCUCGCGGUCGGAGUAUCAGUCCGGCCAGUACUCGUUACUCCCAUCCCGAAGUCGCGUCGCCACUUGGUCCUCUGCAACACAACGCAAGCUUGUCGCCGCAUUCUCCGCAUGCCUCGCCAGGCAUAUCUACCGCCAACAUUCCUACGCAAGCUCAGGUUCAAUCCCGGAACCGGAAACCCUCUCUUACUCUCGGACCGCUCUCGCCUACAUCCUUACAUUCAGGCUCAGGCUCAGGAGAGGUUGUAUCGCCACGGCCGAUGCCCAGUCCCAAGAUGGUCGUGCCUGCAGAUCCACUGGCGAACGUUCUUACGGGCGGCAGUCUGGGCAAGACGGCUCGCGUAGCCCAUCUCGAGGCCGUGGCGGAACUUGUCCCACGCGACAUGAGCGGUGACGCUGCGAUCCCGGCUGUUAACGGCGAGGACAAGAAGGAAGAGGAGAUGACCGUAGCCGAGUUGCUAGCGGCGCACGACAGUGCACUCGCAUCAAGGCCAGAGCACGCGCAAGACAAGACUCUACCCAUCCCUCCCGUACCGACGGACAAGCCUAUCUACGCCGGAGCGACUCCGGUGGUUGCUCAGCGGCUCUUCGCGUCGAAUGCUGCACCCGAACCUCGAACACCAACGCUCUCGGCGCUGUCCUUACUCAAGCCCCCUCGAAGUGCGCCCCUUCAAGUUCCUGCCGACGGUCUGAGCGGCCUCGACGCACUCGAACGCCGUUUGCUGGCCGAAGUCGGCACGCGCAAAGUCCCUGCACAAACCCGAACGGACGUGCGUAAUCUGGGCUUGGAUGACGAGCCGCUCGCGCUAGACACGUCGCCCAAUGGACUAGCCAUCCCUCCCGGCCAAAGCCAAAGUGACGAAGCCGUGAACGACUCGGUUAUCUCGAGCUUGAGUCUGGGCGCCGAGGGCGUAUGGGAUCAUCUACGCGCCCGCGAGGAAGAGAAGAAGAACGAAGUUGUCCAUCCCCGGGCCGUUGCGCCGACUGAUCCGAACGUGAACGGAGAUCGCGAGGACGACGAUUUGGACCUGUCCGACGGCCGCACGCAUCGCGCCGCAAGCUCAUCAGACGAACGCCGCACAACGCGUCGCGCGGGCAAAUCGGACACCGAGCGUCGUGCACACAAGUCCAGCGAUGAGAGGCCUCGUACGGCUGGUUCAGCUAAGAAGCGCUCGCGUGUGAAGGAAGGGGAGAAGGACAAGGGUGGGGUGCCAGGAGCGAAGGAGAAGGAAGCGCACCGCCUGCGCAAGGCUGCGAAGGGGCGUGUAGCGGAGUGGCUAGGCCGUAUCGACGCGCAUAGUCCUCCUGUGGCUUCUCCUGAAGUGCCUACCAGCGAUAGCCCUGCUGCGAGUCCCCGUUACGCAGAGAUGGACCUGGAGCCGGAGGUUUCUGCGAGGCGACGCAAGUCAUCUGCUCCUUCUGCUCGAGUUCAGAAGCAAUCCGACGCCGCAAAGGCCGCCGCAGCUAUUCAUCGCACAGCGUCCCAGCAGAAGAUCGGAGCAGAUGAGGUUACAGCUGAGGCGGAUCGAUCGGCAAACGCCGAGGAGGUCGCAGCGGUCGUGCAUGACCUUGUGGAAGAGUCCAAAUCACGCAUUAUCUCCAGAGCAGCGCCUGGCGCUAGUAGUGGGAAGGGUAGUCAACCAGUCACGCCCGCCGCGGAAGCGGAGCCCACCAAGCGUGCACCGGAUCCCAGGUCGUCCGGCUUCGUACCAAUGGCCACCAUGCGGGCUCGGGCAUCCGCUUUCAAGCCCUCACCAACUUCUACACCUACCGCGAAACCUGUACGCGCUCGCUGGGAGGCAGCAUUAGCAGCCUCAACUCUUGACCCUGAAUCCAAAGCGAAACCACCCGCCGUUGUACGCAAGUUGAGCAGCGCUGGGAAACCGUUACCCGUUUACCUGCAGGCCAACGGUGUCGAAGACGUUCCCAAGUACGACAUCCGAAGCGCGCGUGGCGGACGUGGAGGUCGCGUCACAGCUGCUACAGCUCUCUGGUCUGGGUUGACCGAGCAGGAGAGGAAGCAGGCGGCAAGGGCGGAGAAAGCCGAUAGGGAGAAGGAGAUCGAUAGGAAGCUCAAGGUCGCUGCGACGAGGCCGCAGGCAUUGUUCAGGAAUAACGUGGGAAAGGCCGCACCAGCUGUAAGCUCGUCUGCUGCUCAUGCGGCGCCGCACCUCAGCUCGACGGCGAGUUUGUCACGGCCAGCACCAACGAGAGCCCGCAUCACGCCGCGCAUGCCGCCCUCCAUCGUAGAGGAAACUCCAGCAUCUGCGCCUGUACUCUCAAGGGCGAGUAGUGGUCGCGCGGAGGUCAAGAUUGUUGGACCCGGAGACGGUGAAGCGAAGGCGCCCAGGACGGAGCUUGCGUUUGGUCAGGCGCGACUACGCGACCUGAUACGCAAAUACCAGAACGCAGGGCAAGCAUAA